UCCGGCCGUCCUCUCUCCUCCUACUUCUUUGAAAUAUCUCCUUAAUUAAUUACGUUUGAAAGGGCGUCAAAAACUGGUCCAAACCUGCAAAUCCAAUAAUUCUGACCAAAUAUAUAUAAAGCCGAAGCUUUAUAAAAAUCAAAAUUCUGACCUCACCUCAUUUUCAGUCUCCUGUCAUUGCUGAAAAUGGAGAACACAAGGUACUCGAAUUUGAAGAAAUCUUUUGUGAUUGGAGUACGCAGCUUGUUAAGUUCUUGUUCUAGAGAGAAAUUUGGUGAAACUUUCCCCAAUUUCGCUCCAGCAGAAGUUGAACGCCUUCAUCAGUUAUAUUUUGAGGUGAUUACUUGUUUGACCGAGAGUAUAGAGCCAUCCAUCUGGAGGUUUGUCCAAUUUUCAGCCAUCCAUCUGGAGGAUGAAUUUGAGUCUUUAUGCGAGGAGACACAGGCAGGAACAACUCUAAACAUGGUGGAGGAGCUUGUGGAAGAACAACGCUUGGAAGGAAGCUUGAACCCCUUGUUUCUGGAGAGGAGUAAUACUGAAGAAGUCAUGAGACACUACCUAUCUGAAGCCAAAAAGGACGAGAUCAGUUACUUGAUGGCUAUGUUAGAGAAGGCAGAAGAACAGAAACGUGCUGUCACUUCUCUUCUUGAAGCCGUGAAGAAAGAAAGGCAUGAUUUCUCUGGUGUCAAAGACAUUGUUAAUAAGACUGGAAAUUUUGUAUCUGACAGUGUGGAGGAUCAAACAGAACAGGUUGGCUGAUCUAAAGGACUUCCAGAAAGUUAAUGCAAUUUAUGCUAAAUGCAGCAGCACUACCACUGGAUGCAAAAAUUGAAGUUGACUGCAUAGCAGUAUUCUAAAUAGACGAGUUAAAUGGAUGAGUCUUAACUUUCAUCGCUAGGAUUUUGAAUUUAAUAAGAGGAGUUUAGUGUUUAAUUCAGGGGCUCUUGACCCUCUGCUUUAGAUUCUAUUCCCAGAGCUGGCAGAUUAUAUGUAAAGGGCUCUUCAGCUCCCUUAUUAAGAACUCAGUAUUUCAUUGUAUAACCACGUUCAAAUUACUUGUAUUAUUGUUACUGAUUGACAAACCAACACUAGUUAAAAGGAACUUGUGCUGUUAGUGCACAGCCAUGGAUAUUACAUGUGAUUAUGCCAAUGUUCUGUUUGGAUCAUUGUUACCCAUCGUUUUAUAAUGUAUCGUAUUGUAUUGUAUGA